AUGAAUGGCGGUUAUCAACAUCUAAAGAGUCAGGAUAUCAUACUAGAAGAAGAAUUGUCUUAUAACAAUAGCAGAUCAGCUUUACUUGAUCCCUUGGAUACUCUUCAAGGGACUACCAUCCCAAUUGGAGAAUUAGAAGAAGCUCCUCAAGGUAGACAUAUGGGGGUGUUUUCUGUGAUGGUGAUGUAUAUCUCACGAAUCCUAGGUUCCGGAAUCUUUGCUACUUCAUCAGCAGUAUAUGAGAGUUGUGGAGGAUCACCUUUUCUUUACUUUUUAGCAUGGUUUUUUGCUUAUAUUUUGGCGAUAAGCGGUCUUUAUAUCUACUUAGAGUUAGGUUCUUUGAUUCCAAGAAGUGGUGGUACAAAAGUGUUUUUAGAAGUUAUUUAUGAUAAACCUUUCAUGUUAGUGUCGGUGAUAUUCCUGAUUUACACUGUUUUAUUUGGAUUUGCAUUACUGGGAGCUUUAAUCUUUGGUGAAUAUUUCCUUGAUUUCUUAAAUAUUGAGGUCAAUGAAUUCAGAAGUAGAUUGACAGGUUUCAUGUUUGUAUUGUUUGCUUGUGUAUUUCAUAGUGUCAGUCUUAAACAUGGAUUGUUUGUUCAAAAUUUCAUAGGUGCUUUGAAAAUUGUGUUAUUGGUGAUCAUGACAUUAACUGGAUUAUAUGUCUUUUUACCAUCAUCAUUCACUGGAAUAGAACGUCAGUUACAUAGUGAAACUUUUUUUGAAAUUAAGGGUGACGUUAGUGUAGCAUCAAUGACCAAUGCAAUUAUCAUGGCAUCAUUCACUUUGGCUGGUUGGAAUUUAAGUCAUGCUAGUUCUAAUGAAGUAAAAGAUCCGAACAGAACUUAUAAAAUUGCUGGUCCGUUAUCCUUGUUAAUUGUUAUCUGUGGCUAUACAGCUUUCAAUAUCUCCUACCUUUGGGUAUUAACUGAUGAAGAAAUGGUCAAAAGUGGUAAUUUGGUAGGUGCGGCUUUAUUUGCAAAAAUCUUUGGUUCCAAUUUUGGGUCUAAAUUUUUGACCUUUUCCAUAGCUGUUUGUACUGGUGGUAACAUUUUUGUGGUCAUUUAUUCGAUUUCAAGAAUGAAUCAAGAAGUUUUCCGUGAAGGUUUCUUACCAUUCUCGAAAUUUUUAGCAUCGAAUCAACCUUUUGGAACUCCAAUGAGGUCGAUAGGUGUUUCCUUAGUUUUAACUGGAUUCUUAUUAGCCACUGUGCCUGAAGGUAAUUUUUAUAGAUACCUUGUUUCUGUGGAAGGAUAUCCUGUUCAAAUCUAUACUUUAGCAGUUGCUGUUGGUAUAAUUAUACUCAGAAAGAGGUACCCUGGUAGCAGAGCUCCCAUCAAAACUCAUAUGGUUGGAGUUAUCAUUACCAUAGUGUUCUCUUCAUAUUUAUUAAUUGCUCCUUUCUGUUCCAGGAACGGUGGUAAUCCAAAGGGAAGUGAAUCUUGGGUACCUUAUCCGAUCAUUUCACUUCUUGUAUUAUUGAUUUGUAUCAUAUAUUGGCUGAUCAAAUUUGUAUUCUUUCCCUGGUGGAAUGGCUAUUCGUUAGUACCUGAAGCAAUAGAAUUAGAAGAUGGCUUAAAGGUAAAACAAUGGAAUAAAGUAUCUGCUAGAUAUUUUGGGUGA